UCUGUUUCAUUUACUUGUGUGUUUCAAGGGAUGAAGAUGAUAUAUGAUUUAGAUGAUUUUGAUGUUACUUGUCUGUUUCAUUUACUAAGCAAUCAUUUUCUCUCUAUUUUUUUAUGAUCAUAAUAAUUAUUAAUUAUUAUAUCGCUAUCAUAUAUCACUAUCAUAUACCAUUUUUAGAUAGAAGAUGAGUAGUACUGCUUCGCAUCCCACCGACUCAGACUCGACUGAGUCUCGUGCUACUGAGACCCGUGCUACUGAGACACACGUUUCUGAGACGCAGGCGUCGGCAGUCCGUCCAGAAUUAGCACCUGACGGUAGGCGGAUCUGUUGGUUGGAAAAUGGCAUUUUGAGGCCGACUGAGAAGAUUCGACGUACAACUACUUCAAGCUUUCAAGGCUUCAUAGAUCCUGAAGGCGUCAAUUGGAAGAGUUUGUCGCCCAGCACCAUAGACAUAUAUUAUGAUGAGUUUAAGAAAUCUUUUACAUGGGAUGGGGAAGUUUACAUCUCGGACGUCAUUCGUAAGACAUGGAUCUCACAAGCUAGGCAUGCUUAUAAAGAUUUUGUCCAUGGAUGUAAGGUUAUUAUCGAUGAAGGGAGCAGACCUCAAUUUCUUCAUAAAGACAUUGUUACAAAGUGGAAGGAAUAUUGGGCGACGCCUGAAUUCCAAGUUAAGUCGCAGCAGGCGAGCAAAAAUCAUUGAUCUGAGCCUGCUGGUCCAGGUACAGGAUUAUCUAUCCACUAUGGAGGCUCUCGCAGUGCUAUUAGUCAUGCUGAGCAUGUGGCUCGAGAGAAGAACAUUUCUAUCGCAGAUGCACAUUAUGAUACUUUCAUGAGGAUGCACUUUAAGAAAGGACAGUUCGAUGGACGGGCACAGACUCAGGGUGUAAGUAAUAUGAACAUUUUAAUUAUUCUAAGCAUUUAAUUCUAUUUUAUCACAUUUUAAGUUGUUUGUAAUGCAUCUAAAUGUAGCUUGAGAUACAUAGUCGAGUCGAGGAGUUACGCACUACUCUUGGACGAGAUGUCACUCCAGAUGAGGUCAGUCAGAUCUAUAGGGAGGUGGUGACGCCAGAUCCGAAGGGGCGUAGACUCGGAUUGGGCAUUAUGUCUCAGAUGCGUUCCACUGGUUCGACGAGCACUCAUUCGACGUGCUCGUCUCAAUUUCCUUCAGCAGCAGUCUCAGCUCAGAUUGCACAGCUCCAGACAGAGUUAGAGCAGACACAACAGAGAGAGGCUACUCUACAAGCUACUCUACAGGCUGAGGUGCAGGAGCGACGACGAAAAGAAGCAGAAAUGGAGGCUGAGGUGCAGGAGCGACGACGAAAAGAAGCAGAAAUGGAGACUAGGCAGUUGGAAAUGCAACAACAAAUUUCUCAGCUUAUGAAAUUCUUCCAAUCAUCCUCAGGGUCGUUCCCCCGUUCCUCGCCUCCACCCUAAAUACAUGUUUUGUACUUAUUAUAUAUUGUUAUUAGAUUUUUAUUUAGAUGUUUAUGAAUUUAUUACACUAACAGGUAUCCUUUAUGAUAUUUUAUUAGUUUGAUUUUGAGAUGAUUAUUAA